AUUGGUGUAUUAUAUUGUGCUCCAACACAAAAAACUGAAGAAGAAUGGUUUUCUAAUACCACAACAUCAGUUGCAUAUGAACAUUUUUUAGAAAUUUUAGGUAAUAAAGUUAGAUUAUUAGGAUUUGAUGGUUUUUCGGGUGGUUUAGAUACUUCUACAGAAGGUACUGGUGAAUAUUCAAUUUAUGAUACUGGAACAUGGAAAGAUUUUACUAUUAUGUAUCAUGUUAGUACUUUACUUCCUUUUGAAAAAUCAAAUAAACAUCAAAUUACAAGAAAAAGACAUAUUGGAAAUGAUGUUGUAUGUAUAAUUUUUCAAGAUGUUCGAAAACCUUUUUCUCCACUUGCUAUACGUUCGCAAUUUUUGCAUGUUUACGUAGUUGUUAGUCCUGUUCAAAUUAAUAUUGGUUCUUCAAGAGCAUAUCGAGUUGAUAUUGUAUGUAAAGAUGGUGUACCAUAUUUUGGUCCUACAUUACCUGAUCCUCCAAUAUUUGAUGAUCCC